GACGCAGAGAUCUUAGCAGGCUUUGAGAAACGCAUCAGAAGACGGCAGGGUCUCUCUCCUGCAAUCUGUCCCAAAUACUUUGCUUGGGACGUCAGAACGUUUAAUAAGCCUGGUUGUGAUGCUGCCCUUUCUUUCCAGCGCACAUUUGUAAUUCGGAAGGAGGGAGCAGCUAGGGUAUUCGGAUCUGAGCAGCUGCGUGGAGAAGUCGGCCAUGCUGGAGGCACAGGGAGUGCAGGAAGCGCUGUUUCCCUUCGUGCUGCCUCUGUUCAGCCUGGAGAACUAUGCGGCAGAUAUGCUGUGAGAUUCCUGAAAAGAAGCUGAGAUCGGGGAUCUUGCAGAAGAUCUGUGCUUGGUGACCAGAAACUACAGGUGAGUGCUGAGAACGGUCCAAGCUAAGUAAAGAGAGCAAAGACCAACCUGAAAAUGACAGGAUGGAUAUAGAAGACAAGGGAAAUUCCUAAACUACUUAAAUUUGAAAAUCAAAUUCAAGGGCUGGGGAUGUAGCUCAGCGGCACAGCGGCUGUCUGGCAAGUGUGAGGGAAAAAAAAAAGAAUAUCAAAUUCACUGAAAGUUGUAUAAAAUUUUUUCAUAUAAACAUAUCAUGGUAUAAAUGAUCCCAUAAUGGUUUUUGGUACAGACAUUUGUUUUGAAGAUUCUGGAAGAGAUCGUCAACAGCAGUCUGUGGAUUUGGAUGCUGGCAGUAACUCUCUAUAAAUUUAUCGAUUAGUUUCAAUAAUCAUCUGUGACCCUUAGAAGGAAAGCAUCAGAACAAUAAAUAUUCUGAAUUGUUAUAGAAGAAACUGCACACAGGACCAGAGCUGCAACUUUUUAAUGGUGGGUAUGGAACAGAACAACUCAGGGCAAGAGAGAAGCUGGGAUGCCGAUUUUAAUCCUUGGAUAUUGAACCACAAAGUGUACAGUGAACCACCCUAUAGGGGAGCCUGCCCUUCACCACCUCUUCUGCACUUUGAUUGAUUUUAAUUGACCUUCAUUAACAUGAUGACAUGCUUAGAGUUCUCUUACACUCUCCACCCAACCUCACAAAGUAGAUAGAAUAUAGCUACUGCCCCCAAAUUACAGCAAUGCUUAAUUUAAAAAAAGAAUGAAAAAGAAAAAGCCAAUAUUAACAGUAAGGUUAAAAUGGGGGUUAAGGACUACAGUGCACUGCAGGUGUCUGUCAGCUGGGUGUUUAGUCCUUUUAGAAUAAGACCUGUGGUUCUGUAACCAAAACAAAUGAAUUGAGAGCCUGGUUUAAGUAGAGCUGAAAUUUUUGUAGAGAGGAAUGAUACCACUGAAAACAAUUUUCAUCCAAGAACUACUACAUACGUGUUACUUUCUGAUGGAAUUCCACACUCUGGAAGCAAACUCUGAAGUACAACAUCACCAUCAGAGCCACCAACAAGGACAAACUGCCCCCUCCUUCAGGAGCACAAUCAUCACCAUGAGUAUCAUUUGUAUCAACAAAAAAACGUACUCUAGAUUUCAGAUAGGCUACCUGUUCAAUCCAUACAACAGGAACACCCAUCCAGGCCUCUGUCCCAUAUCUCAGUGCUUCUGACAGAGCUUAGAGUUUGCUCCCCCUCCUAUUUCUUCCUGAUCAGCAACCUGGCACUGAGGAGUACUGUCCUGUCAGUGAGGGCAGACAGUGGUGGUGUUUGUGGAGACUACUUUUGAUCUGACUCUAAAAGUGGUGAAGACAGUUUGACUGUCAUCUUGAGACUGCCGCUGAUGGUGGGUAACUGCCAAGAAAAUGCAAUGGAGGAUUCUAUGCCAGGAGUUGCAGCUGGGCAAGAGCCUUUGGGACACUUCACUGUAUGCAUCCAUGUAGAAGGCAACUGGGUCACAAGGGCUCACAGUCCUAUCAUGUGUUUCAGAAUACCUAAGCUGAGUCUUCAACCUAGAGAUACAGAAAAGCUAGCUGUGCACUGCAUUGUUGCAAGUGACAGAGCCCAUAGAAGUUUACUGGUCCUUUAUGCAAAGGCAAAUCAUGCUGCCCCUGUCUAUGCCAAGAGUUUGCAGGCAUUGCUGCUGGAGCUGACACCGCCAGCACCCAUGGAGAGGCAAUAGAGCUACAGUUUUAGCUGAUAAAACUGGCAUUGGCGUUGGUCUCUGUGUUCCUCCUGACAGAGACUCUGGCCAUCAGCUUCUAACUCCAAUGCUGCUCUAUCCAGAUGCUAGAAGCUGCCUUCAUCCUGUUUUUGAGCAAAGCCUUCAUUUGGAGUUGCCCCCAACAUAAAAGGAGAGAGAUCUUCCAUGUUUGUACAACAUAUGUGUGUCUUCUAUUAUCUUAGUUUCUUCAAAUUAACUCAAGAAACAUCUUUCAACUGGAUGUUCUCUAUAGUAUCACCAAUGAAGCAUAAUAUGUACACUACAUUCAAAUGUGUUCAUGUGAGUUUUAAUAUUUUUAUUUAGUACAUACUUAUAUAAAUAAUUCCUGUUUGUCUUUUGUUGUUGGAGGUCAGGAACUCCUCAAGUUUAGUUGUUAAUAUUUAUGUGUUUUGGUCUGACUCAUCAGCUUACAAUUCCUUCGAGGAAAAGUGUGUGUGCAUUAAUGUAUGUUCUGAAAAAUUGUUUCCUGUUAAAGAAUUUCUUCCUUGAAAUAUUGAAAAUCUGUCACAUCUUUAAGUUCUAUCCUUGGGGUUCAUUUACUUGUCUUUCAGAAGCUGAUAAACUGUAAAUUUGGUUAUACAAGAAGAAAAAUGUUCUCUUUCCAAGCACAUUCUUGUAGCUUUUUAAAUCUUUUUUUUUUUUUGGUACUGGAGAUUGAACUCACAACCUUGCACUUGCCAGGCAGGCAUGUAUGCCACUGAGCUAAAUCCCCAGCCCUUUUCUUUCUUUUCUCAUUUACUAACUUUUUAUCAGCCACAGUAUCUAUUAUUGGUUGCCAGUAUGGGGCUCCAGUUGUUCCUGAAAAUGCCAAAUUCUGGGGUGCACAUACCAUACUUCUUUAAUUCUUAGGUAAAGAUAAAUCACUCUAAGUCUGAACAUUUUAGUUAGUAAUCUUUUAUUAAUACUGCAAUGAGUAAAAGGUGGAAGGCAAUGUCCUAAUCUUUCUUUGUAGUUAGAAAAUAUGGUUAUUUAAGAAAACAAACUUUUCCUCGGAACAAUAUUGUGUGAUUUUUUAGGGAGGCCUUUUUGAGACAGAGUUUCACUAUGCAGUUUAAGCUGGCCUUGAACUCACUAUGUAGCCCACGCUGGCCUCGAACUCACAAUCAUCCUCCUGCCUCAGCCUCUUGAAUGCUGCAAUUAAAGGCAUGUUCUACCAUGCCCAGAAAUAUUGUGUGAUUAUAACAGAAUAACAUGUUAUCCUGAUAACCUGCCUAAGAAUAAGUGGCCUUUUUUCUUUCCAGUUAUGAAGACUAUCACAACCUCUCUGUGUCUGAAACUUGAAAUCUAAAUUAUGUAUCAAUGUCACAUUUUCUAAUGAAAUUUCGAGAACAUACUAUUGGUUUAUUCAAAAUAUAUUGCCUUAGGUUGAAUUUAAAAACUUAACUCUAUAAAGAUUCACAUCUGGGCAAGGAAACAUUUGCCUGUAUUCCCAGAAACUCAGGAGGCAGAGGCAAAAGGAUCAAAAGUUUGAGGCCAAUGAGACCCUGUCUUAAAGUUUUUUAAAGGUUUGUGGCAUAGCUAGUGGUAGAAUGCUUACUUAGUAUGAGCAAAGCCCUAGACUCAAACACUAGUACUAAAAAUAAAAUAUAGAUAAAAUGUAGUCUUCAAAAUCCAAUAAUUUUGGAUAUUCAAAUAAUGGAAAAGAAAUUAGGUAGACAAUCCAAAAUUUUAAAGUCUGCUUCACAGUCUAAAAGUUUGUUUUUCCUUCCUUCCAAUCAUUUUUUUGAGACAGGGUUUAACUAUGCAAUUUGGGCUGGCCUUCAACUCACUUUGUAGACCAGGCUGGCCUUGAACUCAGCGAUCUUCCUGCCUCAGCCUCCCAAGUGCUGGGAUUACAGUUGUGUGCCACCACACCCAGUUCUUCCAAUCAUUUUCAUCCUUCAAAGGGCAGUUCUUUUAUGUGGCCCAAAAAUCUAUCAUGUAGUCAAACUAUGCAACACGAAAAACAGAGGAAUGCUUUUCUCCCCUUUGUAAUAUUAAAGCACCCUUAAAUGUUAUUCCCCAAAUAGCAAAGAGAGGAAGCUGACACUUGGAAAUAGUGAUUCUCCAGCAUUUGAAAUUUAGUGAUGUUAGUCAGGUGUGGUGGCAUACACCUGUAAUCUCAGCACUCAAGAGGCUGAGGCAGGAGGACCACUGCAAUGGGGCCAGCCUUGGUUCCAUAGUGAGUUUACGACCAGCCUGAACUACAUAGCAAGACCCUGUCUCAAAAACUAAAAAAUAGCCAGGUGUGCUGGUGUAGCACUGUAAUUCCAGCACUCGGGAGGCUCAGGCAGGAGGAUUGGUGUAAGUAUCAGUACCAACCUGAACCGCAGAGCAAAAUUCUAUCUCAAAAAUACAUAAAAAGAAAUUUUAUGACGUUUAGAUAUGUUUAAGUAAAUGGACAUAGCGUCUUGACUUCAUACAUAUACUGUAGAACGAAUAUUUCUUUGACGAAAACCUAUCAGGUUACUGAGUUUUUCUAGGAAUGCAGUAACUGGCUAGGACUCUGGGCGUCGCUGUUCACCAAUCUAGGGGACAGGGCACUGAGAAUGCUCCCAGUUUAAAAAAAAAAAGGCGGAGCGAGGAGUCUUGUGCCUCUUAAAACCUCCAUCACCACCAGAUUGAAAAAUUUAUACCGGAGGCUACCCAAACAGUUUUUCUGGAAGACUCUCCAUUAGAAAUUAUUCUGAAAGUUGAGUUAAUUUAGGCUCUGAACAGUAGACAAAGGAUACCUUUAUCCAGUCUCGGAAAAAGCUACGAAGCCAGAGAGCAAUGGCGAUUCCGGUGAAGCUGACCUGCUGCAAUGUAUUGAUGCUGCUGUGCCUUUUUCUGGGGCUACUUUUGGAAGCCAGGGCCGGGAGUAUCUUUUACUCAGUGCCAGAAGAGACAGAGAAAGGGUCUUUCGUGGGCGACAUCGGCAAGGACCUGGGGCUACAAUCCCCGGAACUGGCGAAGCAUGGAGUCCGCAUCGUCUCCCGAGGUAGGACGCAGCUUUUCACUCUGAAUCCGCGCAGCGGCGGCUUGGUCACCGCGGGCAGGAUAGACCGGGAGGAGCUGUGCGCCCAGAGCGCGCGGUGUGUGGUGAACUUUAACCUCCUUGUGGAGGAUGAAAUGAAGCUUUUCCCUGUUGAAGUAGAAAUAAUUGAUAUUAAUGACAACACUCCCCAAUUCCAGUUAGAAGAGCUGGAAUUUAAAAUGAACGAAAUAACUCCUCCAGGUACCAGGUUCUCUCUGCCUUUUGGGCAAGACCUUGAUGUAGGUAUGAACUCGCUCCAGAGCUAUCAGCUCAGCUCCAACCCUCAUUUCUCCCUGGAUGUACAACAAGGAACAGACACACUCCAACACCCAGAGAUGGUGCUGCAGAGUCCCCUAGACCGAGAAAAAGAAGCUGUUCACCACCUUAUCCUAACUGCCUUUGAUGGUGGCAACCCAAUCCGUUCAGGGACUCUCCGAAUUCGUGUUCAAGUGGUGGAUGUGAAUGACAACCCUCCAGCAUUUACUCAAGCGGAGUACCACAAGAGCGUCCCAGAGAAUGUCCCACUGGGCACGCGGCUGCUCAUGGUAAACGCCACUGACCCAGAUGAGGGAGCCAAUGGGGAAGUAACAUAUUCUUUUCACAAUAUGGACCAUAAAGUGGCCCAAAUAUUUCAGUUGGAUUUUUACACAGGAGAAAUAUCAAAUAAAGAACCACUGGAUUUUGAAGAAUAUAAAAUUUAUCCACUGGAAAUUCAAGCUCAAGAUGGUGCUGGGCUCAUGGCCAGAACUAAGGUGCUAAUCAAAGUUUUAGAUGUAAAUGACAAUGCCCCUGAAGUGACUGUCACCUCUGUCACCACUGCAAUCCCAGAAAACUUUCCUCCUGGGACCAUAAUUGCUCUUAUCAGUAUCCAUGACCAAGACUCUGGUAAUAAUGGUUAUGCCACAUGUUCCAUUCCUGAAACUCUACCUUUCAUAUUAGAAAAGUUGGUUGAUAAUUAUUACCGUUUAGUAACAGAAAGAACACUGGACAGAGAACUUACUUCUAGAUACAAUAUCACAGUGACAGCAACAGAUCAGGGAACUCCGAUGCUCUCUACUCAAACUCACAUUUCACUACUAGUGACAGAUGUCAACGACAAUCCCCCAGUUUUCAGUCAGGAUUCCUAUUCUGUCUACAUUCCUGAAAAUAAUCCUAGAGGGGCCUCCAUCUUCUCCGUGAUGGCCCAGGAUGCUGACAGCAGUGAAAAUGCACAAGUCACGUACUUCCUGGCUGAGGACACUAUUCAAGGGGUACCCUUGUCCUCUUACCUCUCCAUCAACUCUGACACUGGUGUCCUCUAUGCACUGCGAUCCUUUGACUACGAGCUGUUCUGGGACAUGCAACUGAGAGUGAUGGCCCGGGAUAGUGGGGUCCCGUCACUCAGCAGUAAUGCAUCUCUGCAUCUGUUUGUGCUAGACCAGAAUGACAAUACACCUGAGAUCCUGUACCCUGCCCUUCCCACCGAUGGUUCCACAGGUGUGGAGCUUGCACCCCGCUCAGCAGAGCCAGGGUACCUGGUGACCAAGGUAGUGGCAGUGGACAGAGACUCGGGUCAGAAUGCCUGGCUGUCCUACCGUUUGCUCAAGGCCAGUGAGCCAGGGCUUUUCUCAGUGGGGCUGCACACUGGAGAGGUGCGCACGGCAAGGGCGCUGAUGGACAGAGAUGCCCUCAAGCAAAGCCUCGUGGUGGUUGUGCAGGAUCACGGCCAGCCCCCUCUCUCAGCUACUGUCACUCUCACCAUAGCUGUGGCUGACAGCAUCCCAGACGUGCUAGCAGAUCUGGGCAGCAUCAAGACCCCCACCGAUCCCGAUGAUUCAGACCUCACGCUCUACCUGGUGGUGGCCGUGGCUAUUGUCUCCUGUGUCUUCCUGGUUUUUGUCAUCGUGCUGCUGGUGCUCAAGCUGCAGCGCGGGCACUCCCUGCGCCUGCUCCAGGCUUCGAGGGACUCAGCGGCGGCUAGUGCACCUGCGCCACACUUCGUGGGGCUGGACGGGGCGCGCGCCUUCCUGCAGACUUAUUCGCACGAGAUCUCGCUCACCUCGGACUCCAGGAGGAGCCACCUCAUCUUCCCGCAGCCCAACUACGCGGACACCCUCGUCAGCCAGGAGAGCUGCGAGAAAAAAGAUUUUCUGUCAGCACCCCAGUCUUUACUGGAAGAUAAAGAGGAAACAUUUUCUCAGCAAGCCCCGCCCAACACGGACUGGCGUUUCUCUCAGGCCCAGAGACCCGGCACCAGUGGCUCCCAAAACGGCGAUGAAACCGGCACCUGGCCCAACAACCAGUUCGACACAGAGAUGCUGCAGGCCAUGAUCUUGGCCUCUGCCAGCGAAGCUGCUGAUGGGAGCUCCACCCUGGGAGGGGGAGCUGGCACCAUGGGCCUGAGUGCCCGCUAUGGACCCCAGUUCACCCUGCAGCAUGUGCCUGACUAUCGCCAGAACGUGUACAUCCCUGGCAGCAAUGCCACACUGACCAAUGCAGCUGGCAAGCGGGAUGGCAAGACCCCAGCAGGUGGCAAUGGAAACAAGAAGAAGUCUGGGAAGAAGGAAAAGAAGUAACGUGGAGGCCAGGCCUAGAGCCACAGUGCAGCAGCCUCUCUCCCCAACCAGCUUCUCCUUACCUGUACCCAGGCCUCAGAAUUCCAGGGCCCACUCCCAGGAUUCUGUAGGGGCCAAGGCCAUGCUCCCCUUGAGAAAUAGAAACAAGUGCCCAGAGUCAACACCCCCUCUCCCCCCAGGGGGUUGAAUAUGCAAAGGGAGUUCUGCAGGGAACCCCCAUCCAAUCAAUUGCUGUACCCAUGGGGUAGUGGGGUUAGUACAACACCAAGAACCAUUGCCACGCCCCCUUAUUUACAGCUGAACUCCUUCAUCUUCCAAAUCAAUCAGGCCCAUCCAUCCCACCCACCCCAGUCCUUCAAAGUUCCUCUCCAGUAAGGUGGUUGGGGUGUUGAGGUACCAGGUGACCUGAAAAGGCUCAUCAUUCUGAAGAGUUGGAAGAGCAUCAUGACCUCGUUGGCCUCUCCCUCAGUUCUCCGUCUUCCCCCAAAGCAUGCUUUGGUGCCAAUCCUUUCAUCUCCUUAGAGCCUGUGACCAGUGCUCAAGUUUUGGGAGAAAAAGUCACCAUCCAUCUCCAUGGUACUGCUUGCUGGAUUUGGGGAGGGCAUUUUGCUACCAAGCCUCUUCCCCAGGCCCUGGGGACCAGUCUUUUAUUUUGUUUUUCAUUGUUUAAUGUUCCCACUGCAUGCUGUGACUUCUCUAUUCCCCUCCUCAAAUGAGAAACUCCAUUGCAUGUUCUGAGACGGUAGGGGGUGGUAACAUACAGAAGAGAAGUAUGCGCUAGCAUGUGUGUGUGGGUGGGGAGCAAUGGACAAAGCUUGAUCCAUCAGUUAGUUAACAGAGUCUUGCAGGAGCUUCUGUAUGUCCCUAGGGUACUGGCCAGAUCUCCAAAUUCCAGCCACAAACCAAACAGUAGGCUGGACCUUCACCACACACAUGCAUAUAGGCUUCAGCCCAGGCAGCCAGCUUUGGGUUGAGCUACCAGGACCAAUGGGUUUAAACUGGCAUUUCAGUGCAAGGACGCGCUGAGCGGGGGUUUAGAAGCAGGUCCCCUAGAGAGGUCAGAAGGGCUGGUCUCUGUGGGUGCUGGGUACUCCAGAGAGGUGCCACAGGUAGAAGGGCUGGAGGAGCCCCAACAGGAAAGAAGGCCCGGUUAGGCCAUUCUUGGCCCUUGGGUUGGGAGGCAAGGAGCUAGAUCCAGACCAAUGGGCAGAAAGUCUCAGCCCAUGACCCGGCUUCUCCACUGGGUCCUGGCACUCACGCCCCAGCCCUUCACCUUGCCAGGUGCCAUUUCUUCUCUGCGAAGGCCACUGCCCAGGCCCCCAAUCCGCCCCCUAGUGGCCAGAGCCUGGUUAAAAUCCCCCAGUGCCUCCUUGUGCAUAGACCUUCCUCUGUCCAUCCCUUCUGUCCCUGCGGUCCUGUUUCUCCAGUGGGGUUGCAGGAGAACCCCACCCCGGCCCUUCGGUAGUGUAGAGCUCAGUCCCCCGCCCCGGCUGGUUAGAGUAGCCAAUAGUUAGUGCGGUGUGCUUUCACGUGAUGGCGAGCGGGCAUCGGGGCGGGCUGGCGCAGCCGUCUGUCCUUGAGUCUGCCCGCAGCGGCCUGUGCUGUGUUUUGUGCUGUGUCCACGCCCUGCGGCGACCCCCUCCCCGAUACUGACUCCUAUAAGCGCUUCUCUUCGCAUAGUCACGUAGCUCCCACGCCACCCCCUUCCUGUAUCUCACGCAAGUUUUAUACUCUAAUAUUUAUAUGGCUUUUUUCUUCAAAAAAAUAAUAAAAAGGUUUCUUCUGA